GAGGAGGCGGCCGGCCGGCUGCAAGGAGGGGAUCCGGGGCUGGCCGGCCGAGCUGGAAGGCGGCGCAGGCGAGGCGGUCGGCGGGGCUUGCUGGCCGCCCCCCUCGGGCCGCGGGCGGGUUUAUAAAGCGGCCUUGGCAGAGGAUCGCGUGCAAAGGGAGCGCCCCCGGACCGGAGACCAGCGGAUCGCGAGCGAGCGAGGGGGGAGGAGGGGGAGCCGUCCUUUUGCACGCACGCAACCCCCCCCCCCCAAAAAAAACCCUAUUGCUUUUUUUUUUUUUUGCACCGAGCCCGGAUUGCUGCUGCAAGAGAAAGAAAGGGGGGGGGAGGGGGGGCAGCGAAGAGCUGUUCGUCCGCUGCAAGACCAGACUGGCCGGUUGCGAGCCAAAGGCAGGAGAGGACCGCGUCGCUUCUCGGCAUGUUUCCUCUCCCAGCCCGAUCCCUCUGUGAGUUUUCGUGGAAGCGCAGAUAAUUUCGGAGCACCUCGGUUUUUACAAUGCCCAGGAUCUUCCUGAGCGACCCGGCAGGGGAGGCAUCUUGGUAGACUGGUCUUCAAGAGGUUUCCUGGAAAAUUCCCACGAUGCCUUUCCCCACUUGGUUUCACCUGCUGUUGCUGCUUUUUCCUGCCAUCGGCACGUCAAGGACCUGCUUCCCAGGAUGCCACUGUGAAGUGGAGAGUUUCGGUCUCUUCGACAGCUUUAGCCUAACCAAGGUGGACUGCAGCAACAUCGGGUCCCAUAUCGUCCCUGUGCCCAUCCCAUUGGACACCACCUACCUGGAUUUAUCAUCAAACAAACUGGAAUCCAUCAACGAGUCCAUGCUGACGGGCCCCGGCUACACCACGCUGGUCAGCCUCGACCUCAGCAACAAUCGGAUCUCAAGGGUCACCUCCGCCACGUUCUCUAGGCUCAGAUAUCUCGAAACGUUGGAUCUGAGUUACAACUCUUUGGUCACCCUUCCAGACGAGUGCUUCUCCGGAUUACCUCUGGGGGACGUUGAUUUGAGUAACAACCUCCUCUUGGAAAUAUCGAUGGGCGUCUUUGCGUCAAAAGGUCAAGGGAAACCGAUCAACGUGGAUCUCUCGAACAAUUUGAUAAGCGUGAUUUUAAGGCCGCAGGACAAAGCCAUUCCCAAUAUUCAGAGUUUGAGCCUGUCUGGAAACAGGCUCAAGAGCGUCCCAAACCUUCAAGGGAUACCUCUUCGGUAUUUAAACCUCGAUGGAAACCCAGUGUCCGCAAUCAAGAAGCAUGCGUUCUCCGGACUGAAGGAUUUAACCCAUUUGUCGCUCAGUGGUCUUCACGAUCUAUCAGUGAUCUCACCGUACAGUUUCAAAGAUCUACCGGCUCUCCAAGUGCUUGACCUAUCCAGCAACCCGAACCUUAAAUCCUUGGAGGCCGAAGUGUUUUACAGCUUAAGUGCUUUGCAAGAGCUCAACCUGUCGAGCACAGGUGUUGCCGCUUCCUUAUCAAAAGCCAUGUUGAAAUACCUGCCUUCCAUCAAAAGUAUCGCUCUGGGGAAAAACAUUAAGUGCUUGAAGACAAUCCGCGAAGGCCAGUACCACAGACAAACGGGGCUGCCCAAGAAAGAGACCCUAAGUUGCCACGACAGUCAAGGGUCAGUUGCGAUAGCGCCGUACACCUUAUGACAGGCUGAGAAGAAUGUAUGAACCCCUGGACUAGAACACGCACAGACAAACAAAAGCGUCCAAUGUGCCUUCUGUAAAAAUAUAUAUAUUGUUAAUUUAUAUAUAUUUUGUAUAUUCCAAUCCUUGAUUACAAUGAUUGAUGAA